CGCCUUCAACAUGAAUAUACAAUUCUUCGAAGCCUUCAACAUGAUAAUAUCAUCAAGGCACUGGAUUUAGUUGUCACCAAGAAAGAAUCCUUUCUUAUUCUACCUCUCAUGCAAGGUCAAGAUUUAUUCUAUAGGCUAGGUCAAUAUGAUCACCAUAUUAUGCCGGAAAAUGAGGCAAAAAUGAUUUUAUGGCAAAUAUUACAAGCCACGCAAUACCUUCAUCAUCACAACAUUAUCCAUAGGGAUAUAAAACUAGAAAAUGUACUACUUGCCCGACCGAAUUCGUUAUCGUUGGUCUUGUGUGAUUUUGAAUCGUCUACUUACAUCCAACCUGAGCAAGAAUUAGAUGAAUUUCGGGUUGGAACACUCAUUAAUCGAGCUCCAGAAAUCAUCAAUGAGCUCUCUUAUAGUUUUCCCGUUGAUUGCUGGUGUAUAGGUAUCAUCAUGUAUGAAUUACUCCUUGGCCAUCCACCAUUUUUCAUCGAUAGAAUUGGCAAUCGACAAAGUACUAUGAAACGCAGCCACUGGAUGGUUCUAUUAGCCAAGACAUGUGGAGAAUUACUAGGUAAAUUGUUAAUGAUUGAUCCUGCUCGAAGGAUGAAAGCUUCUCAAGCUCUGCAACAUCCAUGG